UGUCAUUACGCAACUUGCGAUCUUCUUGCCUUCUUCCCCAAUGCUGCGAGCAAGUGUGGGGCGCCUGCGCGGGUUUGCCGACGCCAAGCCGCCGACGCUCAUGUCGGACGUCCAUGGCACGGUGCAUGGCAAGAAGGCGUGGCGCAACCAGCCGCUCUUUCGCCGCGAAGGCGACAAGAAGUUUCGGUCCGGCGCCGAAGCUGCCGUCAUGCUGUACGAAGAGGCCACGCGGCGCGACCCGUACCAGACCGAGUUUUUGGACGCUGUCCAGAGCUUUGUGCACUCGGUGACGCCCGUCUUGGACCGGUAUCCCAAGUACGCGUGGGUCAUGAAGCAGCUCAUGGAGCCCGAGCGCGUCAUCCAGUUUCGCGUGCCCUGGAUCGACGACCAAGGCAGUCGCCGUGUCAACCGCGGGUUCCGCGUUCAGUUUUCGAGCUGCUGCGGGCCGUACAUUGGCGGGCUACGCUUCCACGGCGACUGCCGCCACGGGACAGUCAAGUUUCUCGCGUUUGAAAAUGUGUUUCGCAAUGCAGUCUACGGACCGUUUGGGGCCGCGGCCGGCGGCGCCGACUUUAGCCCGCUCGACAAAAGCGAGGCUGAGAUCAUGCGGUUUUGCCAAAGCUACAUGACGGAGCUCGCCAACUACAUUGGUCCGGCCUCGGACAUUCCGACGGGCGGCGUCAACGUCGGACCCAAGGAGAUGGGCUACAUGUUUGGGCAGUACAAGCGCCUGCGACAAAUGCACCCCGCGGGCGUCGACGGUGUCCUCGGUGGCCACUCGUUUCCGCAGAUCACGGGCUACGGCAUUGCGCAUUUUGCCAAGAUCCUCGUGGAAGACGCCAAGGAGUCGUUGGUUGGGAAGCGCUGCCUCGUCUCGGGCUCGGGCACCGUCGCCUUGCACACAGCCGAAAAGCUCCUCGACCUCGGCGCGAUUCCCAUUGGCUUUAGCGACGUCUGGGGCCACGUCAUUGAGCCAGAGGGGUUCUCCAAGGCGCAGCUGCAGACGCUCAAGGACAUCAAGUCGGAGCACACGGCGCGCCUCGGCGGCUACAUCAUGACGUCGACCAGCGCCAAGUACUACCCGUCGGAAGAGACGUCGUUCUGGGACCACCCGUGCGACUACGCAUUUCCGUGCGCGAUGCAAUACGACAUCAACGAUGUGUCGGCCAAGAAGCUCGUCAAGAACGGCUGCAAGGGCGUCUUUGAAGGCGCGCACUUGCCGUGCACCCCCGAGGCCAUCAAGACGUUCCAGCAGCACAACGUGAUCUUUGCUCCGUGCAAAGCCACAAACGGCGCCGCGCUGGCGCUGCAUCUCAAGGGCGUUGCGGGACGAAGCGACUUGGCGCUCGACGACGUCGACGCGAUCGCGCAAGAGUGCAUGCAAAAGGUAUUCAAGUCCAUUUCGGCGACCGCGGUCGAAUUCAACUGCGUCGGCAACUGGCACACGGCGACCAACAUGACGGGCUUUCUCAAAGUCGCGCAAGCCAUGUUCCGCCAAGGUGUUGUCUAAGGCAUCGUUGUCGUCGUUUGACCCGUUACGACGUGGACCCUAACCACCAUAAGACAUCCGCGUGGUGUCACUUUCUCGCA